AUGACUGAAGUGGACGAAAGAAUUUUAAGAUAUGGAUAGAUUAUACUCCUUCGUUUUUUUGAUGAUGAAAAUGGCUUUAUUAGCGCUGAUGGGCACGUUAAAAAGCAUGUGCAAAUGAAAAGUUACGAUAGCAAGUAUCUUGCUAUUAAAAGAAGUUAAUAGACUGAAGGGGUAACAAAGGAUGAUUUCUCAAAUUGUCUUUUUUAAGUUUUUCCAAAAGUGGUUAAUACCUAAAAGAGCAAGAUUAUUAAAGAAAUUGAAGUUUAUAAAAAAUAGAAGCAAAAAGAAGAAAACAAAGAUGAACUAACCAAGGAAAAGCUGUAAAUGUUCAACAUGUUAGUUGAGGCGAAGGAUAACUAAAAUAAAUAAAAAGGGAAAAAGGAUAAGGAUAAGGAAGAUAAAGAUAAAAAUGCAUAGAAUUACUUCGAUGAAGAAGAUGAUAAAGACUAAUUUUUAAAAAGAAUAUCUAAACAUUAAGUUUACUUGCAAAAUGAAUAUAAAUACAAUGUUGAUACAUUUGAAAACAAUAAGAAUUAACCUGUCAAUUACAACUAGCCAUUUUAGUUAUUACAUCUUAAUUCUUCAAAAUUUUUGUCUUGCAAUUCAGUAGAAAGCAAGUGGGAAAAGGAAAACUAUGAAAUAAGCUUAGAGGAGUUUUGUACCGACUCAACGUUGUUCAAAAUUAUUCCUGCCUUCAAAUACUAAAAGGAUAGCUCAAAUGCUAUUUCAGAAGGAGAUUGCAUAAUGAUUAUUAGAGCAUUGCCAUUUAACAAUAAGACUAUUCACUUACACUGUUCUAUGGAGUUGAUGGAAAUGAAAAAAAAAAGUUAAAUUUAAAAAUAAUUAGUGCAUCAAACAUUCUAAGGAUCAGCAUCCAUGAUGUAUAAAAAAUAAGAUGUAGCUAAAAUGCAACAUUAAUAUGAACAGAAAUAGGAAUCUGCUUAAAAAAAUUUAAAGGAUGAUAAUUAAAUGUCUAACAAGGUUUAAGUAAAAAUUUAGAAAAGGGAAAUAAAUGGUUGUUUAGAAACUGCAACACCUCUCAAAUUUUAAAUUUAUUAAGAAAUCACAGAUACUAAAAGUAAAUAUCUAAACUGUGGAGAUGCCAUUUGGCUUCAUCACUCUGAAGCUAACUCUGCUCUUUCAGUCAUUCGUAAAGAAAGAGGAACUACUAGAUACACCUUUACUGCUUUAAAUAUUGAGCAAUGGAUUUCUUAAUAAAAUUUGGAAAUAUUUGUUGCUCAGAAUAAGGAAAGUCAAUCAUUUGAAGAUUAUUCAGGAAAUACAUUUGGUUUGUGGAUUAUUGAGAAUGUAGAUUUUAAAAAAGGAGGAUAUGUAGAGUAUGGCAUAGGAUAUCGCUUAAAGCACAUGCCAACAGGAUAUUAUCUUACUGUAAUUGAUGAAAAUCUAAUAUAGAUGGAAUAAAAGUUGAAAUAACUUGAAUAGGAAAAAAUUGAAUAAGAAAAGAAAAAAAGUCAAAAACAUACCAAGCAAAUUAAUAGAUCUUUUUAUGAUGAUUAAUCAGAAAAGUCAGAAGAUGAUGAAGAAAAACAUGUGGAUUUUAUUGUUGAACACAGCAAAUCUGAUAUCAAUUAAGAUAGUUCAGGAUAUUUAGAUUAUUCUUCAGGUGAUGAUUCUCCUACAAGCUAACCAGAGGAAUAGAAAUCUCCGAGACGUAGACGUAAAAAAAAGUUAAAUAAAGAAGCUGAAUUAAUUAAGUAAAAAUAAAAAAUGGCCAAAAAAUGGAAACUUUCACUUACUAAAAAUGCUAAUGACCCUUUUACACUUUUCUAAUUCUUUGCACUGGGAACUUCGCCAAGUAUUUUCGAGUAAUUUGUUGAGCCAGGUAAUUUCAUAUUUAUAAGAAAUAUGGAAAGCAAGUAGUGGAUAGACGUAAUCAAUUUACUUAAUUCUAAUUAGUAGGAUAAUGCUGAUAUACCAGCUCAAAUGAAGAAUUUCCAAAAUUAAAAUUAACUCUCUACUUUUGAUUAAAAUGAGUCAGUUUCUGCUUUCUCACCUCUUAGAGCAGUUCUGAAAAACGAUUAAGCUGAAAACUAAGUAUUCAAAGUAUUUUCUGUUAGUUCAAAUGAAGUUUGGGAGGCAAAGUUCGUUAUCAGCUGUUCAAAUGUUCUAAUCAAAUUUUUGAUAAACUAAAAGAGGUUAAAUUAAUAAUGUGAAUAGGGAGAUGAAAUUUCAAUUAGAAAAGCAAAGGAAAAAAUAAAAAUAUCAAGAGAAUGUAUCAAUAACCUGAAUAAUUUCUGUAGUAAUAAGUUACUUAACUAUUAGCAAGAGUAAAAAUUUGGUGCACCAAACGCUCGUCGUUAGAGACUACUUAGAGAAUAAUACUAUAUAGAUUUUUUGGUUAAAAUUUUAGAAGAUUUACUACCCAAAAAUGAAUUAGAAACAUGGAUUGAAUAUAAAUAGAUAAUGGAUAAAGAAAGAAAAGAAUUAGAAGAAGAGGAUCAAGAAGAUAAUAGCGACGAUAGUGAUGAGUACGGAAACGGAUUAGGUGGAAUUAAAUUUGGAAGCAAAAAGAAAAAAUCCAAAGCAAAUAAAACAUCUAAGUUAUCAAAUAAAAAAGAUCAUGCAUUUUAUUUGAAAGAAAAGGUAAAUAUGGCGAAAGAUAUUUAUCUUUUACUUGCAAGCUUGUGCAGAAAUAAUGAAGUGAAUGAAGAAUAUACUUUUAAAUUGAUACCUUUCUUUUAAAUUCAUUGCAAAUACAUUCCAGAAGCAAUAGAUUGCAUUAUAAGCCUCACCUCUAAUAAUGAAAAGAUCUUAAUGACAUUAUCUGAGAAUUUGAAAAUAGAUUUUGACUAUGAAAAAAAAGAAGAAGGACAGAGCUUCUAGGGAAGAUAAGUUAAAAUUUUAAUUAAUAUGUAUGAUCAAGAUAAUCUCUAAUACUAAGAUCAGUUUGAGGAAAAAAUACCUUUUAGAUAACAUGAAAAAAUUACUACGAAGCCUAUCAAUUUAAUUGUUUUCUUUAUGAAUUUGAUUUGGGAUGAUAAUUCUAAAUUAAAUUCCAACUAUUUGAAGUUUUUAAGAUCUAUCUGUAGAAUACAAAACAAAGCCAUUUCACUUAACCAAGAAAAUAUUUUUAAAAUAUUUAAAAAAUAUUCAUAAAAGAGAAAUGCAAUCCGCUAUGAUCAAUAUUUUAAAUCAGGAUCAAUUAAACUGCCUGAGCUUGGAAGAGAUCCAAAACAAUUCGAAAACGAUGUCAGUGAGCAAUUGAAGUUCUAUUCAGAGCUAUCUUAUGGCAGAAACUUCUUAUGGAGAAAGGAGCUAAUAGCUCACUUUUCUAACUACUACUUACUUUAGAAUAUUUGGAGUUAAGGAGAUUUAAAAGAUUAUCCUAUUUUGAGAUCAUGUUUCUGUCAACUUGCUAUGAGUUUAUAUAUAGACCAUGAACCUUUAUAAAGAUAGAAUCUCCCAAAUUAUUGCAGACUUUUUGAAAGAAUAGGCGAUGAAACAUUUGAAAAAAUAUUUGAUGAAGAAAAAAACCAAGAAAACGAAAUUGCUAUGUACAAAAACUUAUUAAAUGGUCUUGAAAAUUACUUAAGAGGAGUUUCAAAUUAAAUUUAAGAUUUGAUAAUAAUUUAUAAGAGAUAAAAAGAUAGAACUAAUAGAGAGAUGGAAUUCAAAAUGAAAAAGAGAGGUCAGUCGAUACUUUAAGACCCUCUUCUCUUAAAUAGUAUGGAGCUUCUUUAUUUGCUUAUAGAGCUCAAUUUAUUUGGUGGACUAAAUAAAACAGAUUCCUACAAAGACUUUAUGCCAUUCCUUUAAAAUAUAUUAGUUUAUGACUUGAAGAAUUUAGAAUACUUUACUGCUUGUGCUUAUACUUUAUAAUUACAAAAUUAAACAAGAAAGGAAAAAAAGAAAGAUAAAAAUAAAGAUCUGCUCAAUAUAAGCUAAGGGUUUUCUACUAUAAAAAAUAUUGGUAAAACAUUGAAUAAGUCAAUUAUUGGUGGUGGUGAAUCUGAUGAAAUAGACGAAGAAAUUGAUUAUGAAUUAGAUAGUCAAGAAUUAGUUAAUCCUCUUGAACAAAGUAAGCUAUAUGAUAAUCACAUAAUGAGAGGACAAAUUAAGCUUCACAAUAAACUUGAAGAAAUGAAUUAUUCUGAUUCUAUUGGUUAUCAGACGGAAAUAAAAGUUAAACUCAAAGUUCUCGAUAUACUUGAGUACUUUAUGGAUUUAAGACAUGAUUACCUAAUGACCAAUAUGCUGAAAUUUUUCAAAGAUAAUAUUGCUUCUAUUGGUAAAGAUUUGAAUUUAGAAUAAGCUAAAAAUAAAAUAUUACAGAUAACGAAAGAUCAUGUCAAAGGGUUUUUACCCAACAUACCUCUAACAGGUAUAGACAGUGUGGAUAAAAUUUUCUAGUAUAAACAAGACGGCUCUUUUAAGUUAGAUUUUAAGAUCUCACUAAAUAAGAAAAAGAGCAAAGACUUAAAAGAUAAAUUCCAUAGCUACAUCACAAAAAAGGAGUAUAUUCAUUAUCAGGAUUUCAAUAAUCUUCUUUCUGCUGCAAUCGAACAAUCUGAUUCUAAAAAAUAAGAAGAUAUUUAUGAAAACCCUAUUGCCACAUUAUUGCCUUCUCUUUUGUCAAGCUUCCUUAUUAUCUAUGAUGAAAACUUAGAAAAAAGAAUAUUGAAAAUAUUGAUCAGAAUGUAUAACUAAAGAUACGAUUUAUUAGAAAAUAUAUCAAAAUUACAAAUUAUAUUCGAUAAGCAAACUUAUGAUCUCUUUAAUGCUUUAGAAGACAUGAACGCGAGAUUACAUAAAUAUGUUGAGUAGUGCGAAGUUUGGUUUACUACUUUUGCUUAGAAAGUCUAUAAAGAACAUUUUAUUUCUCAUUUAAUCACAUUAUUAGAUAAUCUCAACAAUGGAUUUUUCAAAUGCUACACUACUGCAGAUGGAGAUAUUAUACUUUUAGAGCAAUCAAAGAAAAGAGAACAUCAAAAAGUUGAUAAAGAAAAAUAGAAAAUAUUUUAAUACUUGAAAAUUCAUGAACCGAUAAUAGAAUUGCUAAACGAAGGUAUGCACCAUUUUGAUGCUUUCAUUCUGAAAGACAGCUAUCCAGCUGAUAAAAAAACAUAUUUAAUUAAGCUCUUUGAACUUGUUUAUGAAUUUUUGAUAUACUUCACAUAAGACUGUAGAGAAAACCAGGCAAUUAUCAAGGAUUAUAUUCCAAUGAUUUGCAAAUAUUUGAAAUAUGACUUAGGAUAAACCACUCUUAUUUGCUCAAUAUACAAAGACAAUAUUGAUUUAUUAACUAAUAUUGAUAAACAAUUAAUUGAAACAUUCUUAGAAUUGAUAGAAAAUGAAGGCAGAUAAAUUCAAUUUUUAGAUAUUUUUGAAAUCAUCCUCAAAAUCAAAAAUAAAUACAUAUUCGAUAAUCAACUCCUCAUCCUAAACACUUUCUUACCAUAAAAGGAAUUAACAGAAAAAGAGUAUAAUUUAUUGUACGCAAAUGGAUCAAAUUAGAAAUCUCUUUCAUUCUAUUUGGAAGAUGUCUGUAAAUCCCUUGAAAAAUAAAAAUUAGAUUAAAAGCUGAAAGAUGUUGAGUAUAGAGAUACUUACCGUGACGAACCCUUUUAAUAUCACAUGAAAAUACUUAAUUUACUAAUUUAGACAAGCUACAUUUCUUCAACUUAAAAUUCUAAGGAAGAAGAAGAAGAGUAGAAUAAUAUUCUAAGCAAUUAAGCUUAAGGUGAGAGUCAAUAAUAGUCUAAAUUAAAGAAAGGAAAGACUUUCAAAGUGAAUGAUUAUGAUUUACCAUUAUAAGAUAUAGAUGAGCUAGGGGAUGAAGAUGCAGAAGAGGAAGAUUAAUUUGGAGAAAUCGAAGAUGAAGAAUAAGAUGGAAAUAAUAAAAAAGUUAGUAUAAAAGAUAAAAAGAAGCAAAAAAUUAAUGCUUAUAUGGAAAAACUUAAAUAAUUUUCAAAGUCAGAUCACAUUUUAUAAGAAUUUAAAUUCAAUAUUUUGGUUACAAGACUUAAACGUAUAUUCAAAGUAAAUUAACUCUUAUAAAUGCUGCAACAAGAAGACUCCUACGCAGAUUGGUCCAAAUUUUCUAAUGAAAUUAAUUAAAAACCUGAUGGUAAUUAAGAAUUGAAAGACACAUAAGGAAAAAGAGGGUUAUUCUAAGAAGCUUUAGCUGAUAAAGAAGAAAUAGAAAGAAAAAGAGAAAUUGAAGAGAAAAAGAAGAAAUAUCUUUCUCAGCACAUGUACGAAGAUUCUGAGUUUUAAGAAAACAGAAAAUAAUUCAAAAAGGGUAUGUCUUUGCUUAAACCUCAUUUACUCAAUUUCUUAAGAAAGGUGCAUAUUUAAUCAGAAACAGUCAUUUCUUCUGUUUCUGAAAUGAUUUAAAAUCAAAAAGAGAUUGCUUAUUUCUUAGAUAAAGAAGGUCUUAAAGUUAAUUGCAUCAAGGAAGGUGUCUUCUCAGAGAAUUAUGUUGAAUACAUUUUUGAUUAUUUACUUCCUUUCCUCUACGACUACCACAAGAAGUUUAUUCAAAGAGGACCUCACAAUAUGCACAUUCAAGAAGAUGAAGAAAGAAAAGACGAAAAGUCUUUAGAGUUUGUUGUUGAUAAAAUUUUAUCUAAAUUACCUGUAUUCACUCCUUAUUUAUCAAAUAACCAAAAAGAGAGAACAACCCUAAUAAUAAAAGCAAUUAAAGGUUUAAAUACAAAAGUUAAAUUUGAGCCAUUACUGUAGAUAAAUUUGAGCUCUAAAAUCUCUUCUCAUAUUAAAAGUCCUACAAAAGGAGACAAAGUGAAUCUUUUUAAAGAUUUGCUUCCAUCUAAAGGUCCUAGUAAUAUAAAUAUUGAGGAAUAAGCCGAUAUUCCAGAAAGAAAUGAUGCAGCUAGCGAUAACAAUGAUGAUGAGACUAAACUGCUUAAAGGAAACACAUUAAAUCUAAAAAAAAAAAUUAAAUCUAAGCUUGGAGCAAUUUCUCUAACAUCUUAAUUGGUAGUAGAAAGUUAAUCACAAUAAUCUUAACUAGCCGAAAGAAACUGGUAGAUUUUUAAGGUAAUCCUAAAAGAAGAAGAAUUUGUAAUUGAAUAAGUUUAAAAGGAGAAGAUUGCACUUGCAGAAGCUAUUGUAAGAGUCAAGAAAAUAAUAAAAAAAGAAUAUGGAAAAGAUUUAACUUUAAAACCUGAUAUGUUUAAGUUAAUCAAAAAGUUUAUUAAAUUCCUUUUGUAUGCCCCAGAAGAUCCAAAUAACAAGGAAACAAUUAUUUCUCUCAUUUCAGUUCUAAAGGAAAUAAUUGAUUCUAAAGGAAUAAAAGAUAGGUCAGAAGAUGAAAUCGAUGAAGAAAAAGAUAAUUAAAAAAGAGAAAAAAUAUAAAAUAUGUUUGAUUAACUUGGUGCCAUGAAAAUGAUUCUAAUGGUUCUCUCUCAAAAUAAUCGUCAUUUAGAUAAUGAACUUAUUAUUCAUUAUCUAUCAUUCGCUAAUACUUUAUUAGAAGGCGGCAACAGUUAAAUAUAAAAUACAAUUUAUAGUUUCUUUAUGAGUUACUAAAAAUCAGAAGUUAUUUUCAGUAGAUUUAAUUCAAUCAUAAGAAAACAAAUCAGAAAUAUUGAGCAUAAAUCAAACAUUGGUACAGGAGAUGCUAUCGAAAUGGAAGAAGAAAACUCUUAAAUGAUUGAAUUACUUGAAAGGGUCUUACGUUUCUUACAAUUGUGUGUUGAAGGCCAUUACAUAGAUCUAUAGAAUUAUCUUAGAAAAUAAGACAAUUCCCGUAAUAAUUAUGAUAUGGUAUAAGCUGUUGCAGAUUUGCUCAAAGCUUAUUACUAUGGAGAUUGCACUUAGAAAAUGUAUGAUAAUAUGAUAUUCUGUUUAGAUACUCUUAGUGAAUUUGUAUAAGGACCCUGUAAAGAAAACUAGGAUGCCGUAUCUGAUAGUAAAUUCUUUGAUAUUGCAAGUGAUCUAUUUUCGAAGAAGCCUUUAUCAGAAGAAGCUAAAUAAAAAAAAAGAGAUAAAAAGAAAAAAGACUAUCACCCUGAAGAAUGGAAGAAAAUGAAUUUGAUAGAACAGUAUAGAAAGUCAAAAGAUUAGCCAUUGACUGAGUGGAUGAAAGGAAGACUAUAAAACAAAGUUUUAAUUUUAGUUUUGAGUCUUUUAGAAAGUAGAGAAGUCAAGAGUAAUUGUGAAAUCAUAAAAAGAAUUAUGAGAAAUCUCCCUCUCUAUGUUCUUUAAAGACAUCUAAUAAAAAUAUAUAAAAAAUUUAAUCUUCUUUACGAAAACAAACUAAAUCGCUCUUCGCUUUCUCAUAUGGAACACGAUCCUCGUAAAGAAAGCGAUCUUCAUUUCUUUAAAAAAUUGCAUCAAGAAGGAAAAGACAUUGAUGAUUAUUUAGAAUGUAUACUCUAAAAUGGAUUUUAGAUUUACUUCUUACUUUCUUAUUAUAUUGAAUCGGAUUCAAAGCUUGGUGGGGAAAUGGUUAAAAUAUACAAAAACUAUGAGAAAAAGAUUCUUAAUAAUGAUAAAAAUGAGCUUGAAUCAUUAUUGACUGGAGAUAACAUGGUUGGACAAUUAAUUUCUUUUGCUAGAUCUUUAAUAGAAUCAGUUUAUAAAUAUGCUGAUGCUGUCAAAUAAAAGACUGUAGAAGCAGUCAAGAAUCAAAUUAAAAUAGCAGAUAGCGAUGAUAAAAAAAGUCAAGCUAAAUAAGCUGCAAGAAUGGGCAUUCUUAAAAAAGCAAUGAGUUUUUUUGCUAGCAACUCAUCCCAUAUAGACAUAGUUAGAAAUGAAAUGCUUGAAUUAGUUUACUUUAUUAGACUCCCUGCAACUAAUUGUUUACCUAAAGAAGUUAAGACUGAAUUCCAUGAAAAAUGCGAUAGAUCAAACAUAAAAACUAAACAAUCAGAAUUAAUUAAAGAGUCAGAUGAUAUAAUCGAAAUAUGCAAACAUGAAUAUAAUCUUUAAAUUUUAUUUUCAUCAAACAAAUUCCUUGCAUUGUUUGCUAACUAUGUUAAGCUAUGGAAAGAUCUUUCUUUUUACAUUAGUUUGGUCUUAAACUUUUUCAUUAUUUUUUCAUUUUCAACUUCAACUUAUGCUGAUUUUUCUAUUCGUAUUGAUGACUACAAUUUAUUCGAUAGCCCUAAUUAUACUCUUGACCAGACAAAGAGAAUAUUCCGAAUCCUCGGUAUUGUUAUGAUUGUAUGCAGCAAUUUUGUCUUGCUUUUCUUCUUAUUUAAAAAUGUGCCUCUAAUAUUUUAGCGAAUUAUUAAAUAAGGAGCUUAAGUAAAGGAUCACAAAAAUUUUCUAGGAAAAGUUUAUGUUGUUCUAUUCAAAUUUUUAUAAAUUAUAUAUGAAUUCUUACAAGAUUUCUAAGUCAUAUAUUAUAUAGCCUAUGGUGCUCUAGCUAUAGUAGGUACUGUAAUAAACCCUUUCUUCUUUACGUUCCAUCUUUCUGCUAUUUUGAUGCGCUUCCAAACUUUGAAAAAUGUUAUUAUGUCAAUUUACAUGCCCAGAAAAUAACUCCUGCUUACUUUCAUGCUUUUUAUCAUACUAGAAUAUUGCUUUUCUGUAUGGGGUUACUCAAUGUAUUAUGAAGAUUAUGAUGAAAGAUGUGAAUCUCUUUUAUAUUGCUUUUUGACAACAUUCGAUUAGACCUUUAAGCCAAAUGGUGGUGUUGGUGGCUUUUUAACAAGCAAUCCUGCACAAGCUAAUGUUACAAACAAUACUACAAAAUAUAGCAUGUCUAGAUUUAUUUUUGAUUAACUAUUUUAAUAUGUACUUCUUAAUAUUAUGAUUAACAUCGUCGUUGGUAUUAUUAUUGAUACUUUUGGAGUAUUAAGAGAAACCUCUAAUGAACAAUAAGAAGAUAUGCUUAAUUUUUGCUAUAUUUGUGGAAUAGAUAGAACUACCUUUGAUAGAAAGUCAGAUUCAGGAAAAGGAUUCAUAAAACAUAUUAAAUUUAAUCAUCAUAUGUGGAACUAUAUUCAUUUUAUCACAUAUCUAGAAUGGAAGGAUAGGAAUGAGUAUACAGGUAUAGAAAGCUAUGUAGAUGACCUAUUAAAGCAAAAUGACACUUCAUGGAUGCCUUUCAAAAUGGCCAGAGAAAUAUUAGAUGGAGAUUCUGAUGACGAAGAAGUUGAUUUAAGCUAACUUUCUCAAAUUCAGAAAAAACAAAAAAAUCUUUUAAAGGAAUUGAGUAGCUUAAUUGAAGGUGUAGAUGAUUUGGCAAAAGAUAAAAAAGAGAAAAGAAAAUGA